AUGCCCCAGCGGGCCCGCCACCAGAGAUGUGAUAAGCGUCUCCCAGUUUGUAAUCGAUGCGAAGCAAAGGGCCUAACUUGCAAGCCUGUACAGAAGAAGGCCGUCUUCCGACAUGGAUCGACCGCCAAUUUUGACACGAGCUUUACCCAGGGCCAAAUAUGGGUCAACAGCAAGCCAAAGACAUGGCGUCCGCCGAAGCAGGCGUUGAGCUCUUUAGACCGGCAGAUCAAUUCAGACACUGCGGCAUUUUCACAUGAGGAGCUAGCAGAUAAUACUUCCCCGACUGCAUCUGUCUCAGUGGAGCACUUUCAAGAGAGCCCCUCGGCCCCUAUUCGAGUCGCUCCAAGAGAGGCGUCGGCUGAAUCCAAUGAAGUGCAGGUAGAUGAAUACCACAACAUUCAUUCAGAGAAUAGGCAAAGUGGAAAUUCUCAUCAACAUCACUCAUCCUUGACCUUGUCAUCUCCGGCAUCAUGGUCCAGAAGCCCCCAGAACGCACGUUUACCUCCUAGUGGAAGCGAUCGCCAGUACACGGACCCCGGAACAUACACUAGCUUACAAUACUGGGAAACUGAGACGGAUGUUGAUUAUUCUUUAUCUCCAUCUUCAACCACUGAUCUGGCCACCACCUCAUCUGAAAGUGUCCAAGAGUCAUGUCUAAUGCGAUACUUCAUUGAAGAGUUGUCUCCAUGGUUCGACCAUUGUGAUGAGCUGAGGCAAUUUCAACUAAUAGUUCCUCAGCGUGCACGGCAUUGCCCAACUCUUAAAAACGCUAUUUGCGCGGUUUCCUCGCGGCGUCUCUGCCGACUACCCAAAUAUUCGACUUCCAAAGGAAUACUAUAUCGUGGACAGCUGCUACCUCGCUUGAAGAAAUCAAGCGCAUUAGAGUAUAUGCUCAAAUGCAUUCCGGAUCUUGUUCAAUUCCCUGAGAUUCGAGAUCCAGUGCAGCAAGAGAACAUCAUGGCCGCCACUGUGAUUUUACGACAAUAUGAGGAGAUGGACGAAGAAAUGGAUGAAAAUGAGAUAGAUACAGAUUAUUAUGAUGACAGACGUGUCAGCUUCUUGGCCAUCACGCAAACUAUCAUUGACUCGAUGAUUGAGUCACCUUUGGAAAACUCUUUAGCAACCGCUGCAUACUGGAUUGUCAUUAGACAAGAGAUCUAUUAUGCAUUUUCGAGAGAGAGUAUCCCACACAUGAGAUUCGAUACAAAUCGUUGGCGGAACACGUCCAUAGCCAACAGCAUUAUAAUGUUCGCGGGCGAGGUUGCCACUUGGCGUUGGGGACAAAAGAAUCCCGGGAAUGGAAAAUUGAUUCUCACUAACCUGUCUUCAAAAGCACAACUCAAGCUUCGAGAGCAACAGCUCGCUAAUGAUUGCAUGGGUGAGAUUGAGCCAAUUCUUGAACUCGGCCCAGAUCGUGCAAAAGGAAAAAUAUUUCCGACCGUAUGGUACAGCUUUGAUGUUCAAGUAACUGCCAUUCAGCACUUUCGAUUAGCGCAGAUGAUUCUGAUCGCAGAGAGUCCAUACCUGGAAAAAGCAAGCCGAGCGACACAUCGCAAAGCCGAGGCUCAAGUACGGUCCAUUGUUUUGAACCUUUGCGGCAUCGCCUUAGGUCAUCUUCGAAUUCAGCCUGCAUUGGUCAACGCAGUAAUUGCAGUUACACUCUAUGGAGAGUACUUCACUGAUCCGGAGGAGCGCAAUGCUUUACUUGGAAUCAUAAAUCGGACAAAAGAGCUGCAUGCAUGGCCGAUGAGAAAGCCAUACCAAACCCUGAAACGGCGAUGGGAAGUAGUUGAUAACGCUGAGCUAUGA